AUGUCGACCUCCCCACCCAAAGAGCCCGAUGUCGAACAAAGUGCGCAGUCUGGCGAAGAGCAGGAUCACAUGGAUCGCGAGCAAGAAGGAGCACAAGGCACAGGCGCUGGUGAUUUCGAGGUCAAGGAGCAAGACCGAUGGCUUCCCAUUGCAAAUGUUGCCCGGAUCAUGAAAACGGCCUUGCCCGAGAACGCCAAAAUCGCCAAAGAAGCCAAAGAGUGCAUGCAGGAGUGCGUGAGCGAGUUUAUCUCGUUCAUCACCAGCGAGGCGUCCGAGAAAUGUCAACAGGAGAAGCGCAAGACGGUGAAUGGAGAGGACAUACUGUUCGCCAUGACCUCCCUUGGAUUCGAGAAUUACGCCGAAGCGCUCAAGAUCUAUUUGUCCAAAUAUCGCGAAACCCAAUCUACAAGGGGCGAGAACCAGAACAGACCUACCAGCAGCGGGUAUGGCGGCCCUGUUGGGGGCUCCAGUGUCCCCGGCGGUCCCACGACAAGCGGCUCCGGCUAUGGGCAAUCCGAGAAUCCCAACGACUUAUUGAGCCAAGGCCACGGCAUGAAUGCGACGGGCCACGACGCCAGCAAUGCCUACGGGUAUCCCGACGCCGUGCCCACCGGCCACAACGGCAUCUCCAACGACACGUUUUAA